GAGUCGAGGUGGACGCGUCGGACAAGCAGAGGAGGUGCUAACACUUUUGUCACCUGCCCCCCCCCCCCUUCCCCUCUUCCCAGUCUGUCUAUAAGUAUGCCCCUCGACGCGAACGCGGCACUCAGUAGAUGCACAACACAGCUUCCAUCAUGAAAGUGGGAUCCGGCCUCGUCUUGCUGCAGUUGCUCGCCGCGGUGGUGGCGGCCCCACGCCCCGAAGAGACGCCCGGGACGCAGAGUCACCUGGACGUCGUCAUGGUGACCCAGAGCCCGGCCGAGGCCAUCGAGGACGCCAUACGCUACGACCCGGACGUGGCGGCCGCGCUCAAGAACAACGACACACAGCUGUAUCUCUUGAAGAGUGUUACUUACACCAACGGCACUGCGGAGGACCUGGGACUGCCAAAGGAGGAGUUGCUUCCAGGGGGUGCUCCAGACAGGGUGAAGGUUGCAGACAAAAUCGUGUACUCUCCCGUCGACAACGGUACAAACAUAACACAAAAUACUGAGAGUUCGACGGAGCAGCUGUCAUCGGCUAGCGUUCACGCAACAUUGCAACUUGUGCCAGUACCAAUAAACUGACAACUUUCUGA